AAUACAUUACCGGGCUUCACACUUCCUGCGGGCAUUUACAGCGGGCUACACGCAAUCGCGAGUUCUUCGCACUGAAGUUCAUUGAUUUUAGGCCUGAAACACGUGUAACGUUCGUAUACUGUAUUAUAUAAGUUUGUUUUGUGCAAGUACAAUAUGGCUUUCAUUCUACGACCGUGUACGACGAUUCUCCUUAAGAACGUCAGGAAUAUUUCCAUAAAUUGUAUCCAGUGCGCCAGCGUUGUGCCUUUCAAGUUGUCCGAUAUCGGCGAGGGGAUCCGCGAAGUCACUGUUAAGGAAUGGUUUGUCAAACCUGGAGACAGGGUGGCUCAGUUUGACGAGGUUUGUGAGGUUCAGAGUGAUAAAGCUUCUGUUACCAUCACAAGUCGCUAUGACGGCGUUGUCAAGACUCUACACUACAAUGUGAAUGAGUCAGCACUUGUUGGAGAUCCUUUGAUUGAUAUAGAGGUCGACGAGGAUACUGGUCAGGUUGUGUCCAAGGAAAAAGAUGCCACUGAGAAAACGGAUCAGUCGCACCAGGGUUCUGUGGCUGCCGAGAGCACGGAUUCAAGGGAAGAACUCCUUGGGAAGGUGCUGGCUACUCCUGCAGUGAGGAGGAUAGCUGUAGAGAAUAAAAUUAAAUUAAAGGAUGUUCCGGCGACUGGUAAAAAUGGUAGAGUCCUCAAGGAAGAUAUCGUCAAUCAUAUUCAGAAGGAUAAUACAAGUACGAGUGCAGGUCUUAAGGUCACUGUCGGAAGCAGCAAAGCAGUGCCGGCGAAACGAUACACAAAACACAUGUGGAAAACGAUGACGAAAUCUCUGAGUAUACCGCACUUUGUCUACAGUGAUGAAUGUGACGUCAGCAGUCUGGUACGUCUUCGUGAUGACGUAAGGAGCGUUUUGAAGAAUCAAGGAGUGACCUUGACUUACAUGCCCUUCUUCAUAAAGGCUGUGUCCAGGGCGCUGGAGAAGAUCCCAGAAUUGAACGCCUGGUUGGACGAGGAAUCAGAAUCCAUAAAGAUUAUUGAGCAGCACAACAUAGCCCUGGCCAUGGACACUUCUGAUGGUCUAGUAGUGCCGAACAUAAAGAAUGUUCAGGAUAGGAGUAUAGUCUCCAUAGCAAAGGAGCUAAAUAGACUCCAGGAACUUGGCAGUAAGGCGUCACUUCCGUUGAACGAUCUAACGGGCGGUACCUUCUCGUUGUCAAACAUCGGAGUGGUAGGAGGAACUUACACGAAGCCAGUGAUCCUGUCUCCGCAAGUUGUCAUAGGGGCCAUUGGCAGGAUUCAAAAGUUGCCCAGGUUCGACGCCAAUGGGAACGUGGUAGCAGCAAACAUCCUCUCUGUUAGUUGGGCAGCUGAUCACAGGGUUGUGGACGGCGUGACUAUGGCGAAGUUCUCCAAUAUUUGGAAGUAUUACGUGGAAAAUCCCUUCCACAUGACUCUGGGAGUGUAGUUUUUGUACGUCGCGCGAACAAUGUUUAUAAUGUUUAAAGUCAUUUUCUUUUUCAAUUUUUUUUUCUAGCUAUAAGCUCAUCCUACAAUUUCCAAGUGUCAUUACAGAAAUAUACACAAGUCUUAUGUA